AUGCAGGAGUCUCCAGGUGCCAUGGGUGUAGAUGGCAGCUACGCCAGCAAUGUUCCAGCCUUUCUCACUAAGCUGUGGACCCUGGUGGAGGAUCCAGAUACCAACCACCUCAUUUGCUGGAGCGCUUCUGGGACAAGUUUCCAUGUGUUUGACCAGGGACGCUUUGCCAAGGAAGUUCUGCCAAAGUACUUUAAACACAAUAAUAUGGCGAGCUUUGUUCGACAGCUCAACAUGUACGGUUUCCGUAAGGUGGUGAACAUUGAGCAGAGCGGUCUGGUGAAGCCGGAGAGAGACGAUACAGAGUUCCAACAUCUGUACUUCCUCCAGGGACAUGAACACAUGCUGGAACACAUAAAGAGGAAGGUAUCCAUAGUGAAGAGUGAGGAGACCAAAGUUCGCCAGGAGGAUCUCAGUAAACUGCUGUAUGAGGUCCAGCUUCUCAGGACACAACAGGACAACAUGGAGUGUCAGAUGCAGGACAUGAAACAGCAGAAUGAAGUGCUGUGGAGAGAGGUGGUCUCACUGAGACAGAAUCACACACAGCAACAGAAAGUCAUGAACAAACUGAUUCAGUUUCUGUUCAGCCAGAUGCAGUCCAACCCACCCAGCACUGUGGGCCUAAAGAGAAAGCUGCCCUUAAUGUUGGACGAUGGCUCUCCCAGCCCUCCUGCCACCAAGUUCAGCCAUAGUCACCCAAUGGAGCCCAUGCAUGAGCCCUUCUACAUCCAGUCGCCUUCCAGUGAUACUGCUUCUUGCUCUACUAGUGGGCUCACAGGAGGACCAAUUAUAUCAGAUGUUACUGACAUGUCUCAGGCCAGUAUGGCCCUCCAGAUGCAGCCUGAUGAGACUAGGGAGAAGUGCAUGAUGCUAAUCAAAGAAGAGCCAGUAAGUCCAGGAGUGAGAGGAGGAGGGAAAGGAGGCAGCUUAGGGGGAGGAGAGGCUGUAGCAUUGACCGCCUCUUGUGAAGUGUGCUCCUCAGAACCUCCUGUUCUCCCCGUCGCUAUGGUCCAGUCUGUUCUGGAGGGGAGGGGCUCUGUGGCUUCAAUGAUGGAGAAGAGGAGCAAGAGACCUGCCCUAGACAGAGUGGAAGUUCCAGAUGCAGUGGAGAAUGUGGACAUGAGCCUGGAGGAGCUGCAGCAGCUGUUGCUCAGGAGCCAUCAGCAGAGUACUGUGGAAGCUGGGACCAGCACUGUUAUGGAUCCCUUUAGUUUAAGCCUGCCUCUGACUGAAUGGAACUUUACUGAGAUGGAGUCCAACCUCAAAUCAUACAUGUUCCAGAACCAGGAAGUGGAGGCUUUUCCAGCUACUGGCUGUGAGGAACAGUGAUCGAUCUGGAUGGUCUUUUCUGAAGGGUCAGGCCACAGAAGCUACUGUCCUCCUCAUUAUCAUCUGCAUGGGUUUGAGCCCACGGCCCUGCCAGGCUGUUUCCUACACGUGGCUUUACUUUCUUUCUUUUACAUUCACAUACCUACGAAAUGCAGCAAUGAAAAAGCAUGUAUCCUUAUAUUUCCUGUCCAGCUGACUGCCAUUGGGCCUAUCAGCCACCGGCUCUGUGGGCAUCACUGCUGUCAGCAUGAGGAAAGACACUGCUCCAAGUUUUACAUAAGUGACCCAAACAAACCAGUGUGUUUUCACAUAAUAAAAUCUAACAUAAAAUAUAAAAGCCAGCUGGAUGCAGACGGUGCAUUCUUGGCUCCAGCACUUUAGUCUUUGUUUGAGAGGGAGUUUCUGCUUGUGGAAGUGACGUUUUCCUCCUCUACUGUAUAAAGAAUCAAUUACAGCUGUACAAAUGAAUAUUUUUAUUAUUUUAUCCUUAUUACAAAAAAUACUGUAUUUGUAAGUGAAACCUAUCUUGGGGGGCAAUGUAGCACACUGUAUAUUACAAGUUAUGUGAUUUUCUUUCAGUAUGUGUAAGAGUUUGGAAAAUGUAAGUGCUCCUUAUAUAUUUCAUGCAUUUCAAAUCCCGAUAAAUGUGUUAAGAUAGAUCAGAGGUGAGUUAGCCUUCCGUGAUAUGAAAGGUUCUUCUAGUAAAAAACAUGGAUUCCAGCCACUCUAAAAUCUGUUAAGGUUUUUAAAACAUAUCACAAAAGGAGGUUUUACACACUGAAGAACCCAUCUAAUGUAUCUUUGCACAGGCCUGACAUGUAGCCAGAGACAUAGAGUUACUUCUCUUCUGUCCAUUUAAAUGUGAAGUUUAAAGGAAAUAUUAAAAGAUAGACUUCUCAUUUGACAAAACCAUGAACACCACUGCAUUUUUGCACGUUCUUUAUUACUAUAUAAAGUUAUGACAACAGGUCAUAUAUUUUCUGUUUGUAGAUGACCAACACUUUGUUGCUCUACACAUGCAUGCCUAAAAGAGAUACUGGCCUCAAUAACAGGGUUUUCCAAAACUCAAAAACAAAAUUAAGACUUGGAGACAUGAUGUCUCUGAAUGCUACUAAAAGGCCACACGUUGAGUUAAGACUUGGGUGUGCAUGGAACAUAGAAAACCCUGAUAGAAAGUCAAGACAGUGGGAUGUUACUUUUCAUACUCGGUAAAGCAGAAAGAGAGAGCGAGAGAAAUAAAAAAAUAAUACUCAACUGUCCAGGAGCCAGUCUGUUAAAAGAUUACAUUAUGGUUGACUGUGUUUAAUUAAAUGUAUGGUGAGGUGGUUACUUGAGAAUUAAAUCUGUUAUAGAACCAUGAAUACCUGCUUGACGAAAUGCAUAUGAAUUAUUCUGGAUUGCUAAAGAUGAUCAAUAACCAUUUGAUGUAAAAUAUUAGUCCUCAGCACUGGUUGCAGGCAACAGUUUAAAGGUUAACUUGAUGCUAAAAAUUCUUUUGGCAAAAACUUCCUGGAGAUGAGUUGAAUCGUGCAAUACUGUACAGAACUGUGAGAACUCACACAAUUGCAAUACAUGGAUGACCAUAGGAAUGUAGGAUACAGCAACUGUGAGUAUUAAUGGAUAACGUUAGCCUGUGAGUCUAAAAGCCCUGCUAGCUCUUAACACUGGGUCAGAUAAAAUCUUCAACCUGUAUUUUUAGUUUUGGGAAGGAGAUCGUCAGCUACAACUUAGCCUCCGGCAAGGCUACGAUGGCUCCGUAGCUACACGUCGUAGCUACACGUCAAAGCUACACGUCAAAGCUACACGUCGUAGCUACACGUCAAAGCUACAUGUCGUAGCUACACGUCGUAGCUAUACGUCGUAGUUGCACAUCACAGCUAAACGUCGUAGCUACACGCAGAACUAUAAAUCCAGGUUAGAAAAAGAUUUGUACUAACUGAAUAAGCAGCCAACCAGCAUCUUCAACGUCAGAGCUACACGCUGCUGCUAGCAAGGCUAAAAAUUGGGGUAGCAAUUUGCAUUAGCUUUUUGAAAAGAGCAUUGUAUUUUCUCGAUCAUGUUUUUCAAUCUGUUACUAGGCUACUACUACUACUACUUAUCAUUAUGAGUCCAAUUACUAUUAUUUUAUCAACAUCAAUAUAAGAACUGCUAACAUCCUAACUUUGGACAAAUAUUUGCUUAAGUUUGAUUAGAAAUUCCCGACAGAUGCGAUAUUGAGGGUUUCAAAAUGCGCUUAAGAAAGACUAACUCAGAGCCGUGUUCAUAUUGUGUAGCUUUAUCGAGACAUAUUGGAUUUGCCAAAUGAAAAAGCUAAUGCAAACUGCCUCCAGCAUUUAACAUUUUUGUGGCAGACCCUCCUUCUCUGUGCAUAGAAAAAAACAAGCUGUGGUGUAUUACAAGUGAACUUGCACUAGUUAUCACAGUUAUAUGAUAUUUGAGAGUAUACAGUACAUUUUAGACAUAGCAUUUAUUCUUGUUCCUCAUGAUAAUAUGAGUGUUAAGGAUUUUUUUCAGGAGUGAUGAAUACACACAUUCAGUUGCUGUUGUGUUCUUAAUUUAUUCUGUUUUCCAUUUUAAUAAUUUGCACUGGAAAUGAACGGAUGUGUGUUCAAAUUACAUUUAUGCUUGUCAGGAUUGCAUAUAGAUAAGGAAGUAUUUGUGUUAACUGAGUGAAAAGCUCUGCUGUAUCAAAGCGUGGCAUCCGAAAAGCACUUCUGCACUAUCAACAAACAACAAUACAUUAGUGUAUUAAUACAUAAGACACAUCAUCAAAACACUUUCUUAUUACUACAAAGUACACCUGUUCAAAAUAAAGACACUCAAUCUUAGUGCUUAGAUGCUUUUGAAAGUAGGCCGCAGCCUGCUAAAAUGUGAAUUGUUUUAAAUGGUUUUUUGCAAAGACUAAAGUGUAUUGUUACAGAGAGUCAAAGAAACUGAACAUGUAUUCCCCUUGUUUAUGAAAUAUUUAAGUUGUUAAUAAAAAUAAUAGCAAAAAAUACUAAAA